CCUUAACCCGCCCCUUGUCCAUCUUUGGCCCAUUUCCUCAAGGACAUCACACACUUCCGAUUCUCCCUGUCCGAGGGAGGUGCCACUUUAUUCUCGGAAACCCACCUCGCGCUAAAGAACCCCGAAUGUUCGUCUAAGCCAUCAUGAGGUAUAUAAGAUAAUCCUUGGUGUCCUUGCCCUGGCGAGCCUGUCCAUAGCGUUCGACAACGUCAAAGUGUUCCAAUCCUAGCCCCUAGUGAGCCACUUGAUCGUCCUUUACUCGGAAUGACACUCUCACGACUCGCCCUCUUGUCCCUGGCCCCCGCCGGCAUACUCGGCCUCGCGACGUUCGGCGGCCUCUCGCUCCGCGCCGUAGACUGGAGCAGGUGAAAACCCGGCGUGAGCUUCCAAAUUGUUCUGCACCAGCCCAUCAAGGUCAACAUGGUAGCCGACGUCACGCCCGCUGAGGCAGUCGUUUGGGACAUUGACCUGCAGCACGCGGUAGACUACGACAAUAUCAUCCCGAAUCUGAAGUCGGCCGGGAAGAUUGUCAUCGUCGAGGCGGGGAAGCCCGUGUUCCAAAUCGAGUACCCGACGAGCGUCCGGGACGACAUGGACAUCGACCAGGCGGAUUACGACCACUUUUGCGUGGACAAGAAUGGCAACGAGGGAUUCAGUGAGGUGCUGAAGCACGCAAGUGAGCAGGUCGACGGGUGGGGCCAGUUCUGCGGGCUGGGGAGGACGGGCGGGAGGUUCGAGACGCCGAUUGUGGAGCGAAUGAGGUGAGCGGCGUGGACGGAUAGUUACGAUCAUGGGAAGUUGCGACUUUUGUGCCAAAAGGACGUCGUCAAAGGAAAACACCAAAAGAAGGAUGAGUCAUGGUUCGAGGGGAAGAUUCAAUUAUUGUAAUCGUAUUCUUUAUGUACCGUAUGGCAAAUAUGCACGAGAUCAACAUCUGAUGUUUCGACAACGACGGAGAUCCCACAGCGCCGUGCGGGCCUAUUC